AUGGAGAAGCGUAUCCUCACAACGAAAUUCAAAAAACCAAGAACAACAAAAGAACAAAAACGUCGAAAUAGAAAAGGGAGCCUGAGUUAUCGAAAGAAGAAUUAUGCCAUUUGUGUAAUUACUCAAGUGGAUCCAAGAUUCACAGCACUAGAAUGGAAAGAAAUUUUAUUGGGAAUGGGUAUUCAACCACGAAAGACGAAAAUACAAGGGCGGAUAUUACAUUUCGCAAUGUACAAUAACGAACAACAACAACAAGUUGAUAAUAUGUUAGAUCCAAACAGAAUAUUUACAACUCAACAUUAUGGUCAACUACAUUUCCAACAGCAGCGUCCUCAUCCUAAUUAUUUAACAAUAACAUCAUCAAGCACAUACCAAACAAUGACACGAUAUUCUAAUCGCGACCAGAUAAACAAAAGAAGACAUUAA